AUGGCCGAAGGCGACAACAUGAGUGAUUUCUAUCAAAUACUCACCAGUCUGCUGAGUACCGACAAUAAUGUGCGGCAGACCGCCGAGGAGACUUAUCAAUCUUUACCUCUAGAAUCAAAAGUAUUAUAUUUGUUUAAUGCUGUGCAAAAUCAAGCUGGUGAUGCAGAUGAAAAACAAGUGGCAGCAGUAAUGUUGCGCAGACUUAUGGCAAAUGAUUUCUUGGAAUUUUUUCCUAAUUUAUCACCUGAAAAUCAGAAACAGUUCAAAGACAAUUUGUUGUUAACUGUAAAUAACGAAAAAAAUGACGUGUUACGUAGAAGAAUGUGUGAUGUUGCUUCUGAAGUAGCUAGAAAUCAGCUGGAUGAUGAUGGUAAUAACAGCUGGCCAGAAUUUUUGAAUUUCCUGUUUCAAUGUGCUAAUUCGCCUUCAAAUGAUAUGAAAGAUUCUGCACUUAGAAUGUUCACAAAUGUACCUGGCGUUUUUGGUAAUCAACAAUCAAACUAUUUGGUUGUGAUAAAACAAAUGCUCCAGCAAUCAUUAAAUGUACCAGAUACAAAUGUCCAAGUACAAGCUGUUAAAGCAAUUUGUGCUUUUAUAUUACACCAUGACAAAAUUAUAGAAAUCCAAAAACAAUUUACUGAUUUAUUACCAAACAUGAUGAGAAUAACAAAUGAAAGCUUAAUGACUGAAACAGAUGAUUCAUUGAUUAAACUAUUGGUUGAUUUAUCUGAAAAUGCCCCAAAGUUUUUAAGAUCUCAGUUGUCGAAUAUAAUAGAAAUGUGUUUGAAGUAUCUCGGAAACGACGAGACAAGUGAAUCAUACCGUCAGAUGUGCCUUGAAGUAGUUGUUACAUUAGCUGAAACAGCACCAGCAAUGAUGCGUAAAGAAUCAUCUAAGUAUAUUGUACAAUUAGUUGGACAAGUGUUGGAACUCAUGGCUACUGUGGAAGAUGAAAAUGAUUGGGGUACUCAAGAUGAUCCAGAUGAAACUGACCAAGAAAGUAUGAGUGUUAUAGCUGAAUCUGCGCUGGACAGGCUGGCCUGUGGUCUUGGUGGUAAAACAAUGUUGCCACAUAUAUUAAGUAAUGUGUCAACAAUGUUGGCAAAUCCAAAUUGGAAGUAUAGACAUGCCGCUUUGAUGGCAAUAUCAGCUGUGGGGGAAGGCUGUCAUAAACAAAUGUUGCCUAUGCUCCCAGAAAUUUUAGAUGGAAUUUUAACUUUCUUACAAGAUCCACAUCCUAGAGUAAGAUAUUCAAUGUGCAAUGCUAUUGGACAGAUGGCAGCAGACUUUGCACCAACUUUUCAAAAGAAAUUCCAUGACAAAAUUGUGCCAGCUAUAUUACUGUUACUUGAAGAUAAUUUGAAUCCUAGAGUUCAAGCACAUGCAGGAGCUGCUCUUGUAAACUUUUGUGAAGAUUGUCCUAAAAGAACCCUUUUAUCUUACAUGGAUCUGAUUAUGGUAAAACUUGAAAGUAUAUUACAAGCUCGAAUUGCUGAUCUCGUGGAAGGCGGUGGUAGACGACUAGUAUUAGAGCAAAUGGUAACCACCAUCGCAUCUGUGGCUGACACAUGUGAAGGAGAUUUUGUUAAGUUUUAUGACCACCUUAUGCCAUGUUUAAAAGAAAUCAUUCGUAAUGCUGUUGCUCCAGAAUUAAAGCUGUUAAGAGGCAAAACAAUAGAAUGUGUUAGCUUAAUAGGUUUGGCUGUUGGUCAAGAGAAAUUUUUGGUGGAUGCUAGUGAUGUUAUGGAUUUAAUGUUGGCAACACAUAACAAAGAUGAAAAACUCUUAGAAGAUGAUCCACAAACUUCAUACUUGAUAUCAUCUUGGGCUCGAAUGUGUAAAGUCAUGGGUCCAAAAUUCGAACAGUAUCUACCUUUGGUUAUCGGUCCAGUUAUGGCUGCUGCUUCACUGAAACCUGAAGUUGCGUUGCUGGAUAAUGAUGACAUGAGUAAUAUGACUGACAAUAGUGAAUGGCAGUUUGUACCUUUAGGAGAGCAACAAAACUUUGGUAUUAGAACUUCAGGUCUAGAAGACAAGGCAUCAGCUUGUGAGAUGCUUGUUUGUUAUGCACGAGAAUUGAAAACUGGGUUUGCGCCCUAUGCAGAAGAUGUUGUUAAACUUAUGGUGCCCUUAUUGAAAUUUUAUUUUCACGAUAAUGUUAGAAUUGCUGCAGCUCAAAGUAUGCCUAGUCUUUUGGAGUGCGCAGAAACUAGAGGACCAGAAUAUUUGCAACACAUGUGGGGUUAUAUUUGUCCCGAACUUUUGCAAGCUAUUGAAUCUGAACCAGAACCAGAUGUUAGUGCUGAGAUGUAUGAUGCAUUAGGAAAAUGCAUAGAAUUAUUGGGAACAGGAUGCUUGUCAGACAAAUGGAUGAAAGAUCUAUUGCAUACUUUGGAAAAAAAUUUAACUUCUCAUUUUGAAAAUGAAAUUCAACGCUUUGAAAGACGUAAAGAUGAAGAUUAUGAUGAGGUUGUCGAAGAAAGACUAGCUUUGGAAGAUACUGAUGACGUCUAUAAAUUAAGCAAAAUGACCGACAUUAUGCAUGCUCUCUUUGUCACUUUUAAAACAGACUUCUUUCAAUAUUUUGAUCUUAUUGUACAUCAAUUUGCUAAAUUAUUGGAUACUGAUAAGAGUGCAUCUGAUCAUCAGUGGGGUCUUUGUGUCUUCGAUGACCUUAUUGAAUUUUGUGGGCCUGGUUGUGCUAAAUAUCAAGAAUAUUUCUUAAGACCUAUGGUUGCAUAUGUCACGGAUAUUAACAGUGAAGUUCGCCAGGCAGCUAUUUAUGGUUGUGGAGUGCUAGGGAUGUGUGGAGGACCUAGUUUUGCUGGUGUGUGUGCUGAAAUUAUGCCAUUCCUUCUACAGGUGAUCAAUAACAAUGAAGCCCGAUCUGCUGAUAACAUAAGUGCAACUGAAAAUGCCAUAUCAGCCAUUGCCAAAAUAUUAGAAUAUAACAGUUCAGCUGUUAAUGUUAAUGAGAUAUUACCUCUCUGGCUGUGCUAUUUACCUGUAUCUGAAGAUACUGACGAAGCUCCAUUUGUAUACGGGUACCUGUGUAAACUCAUCGAAAGUCACCAUCCCUUGGUUUUGGGACAAAACAAUUCUAAUAUUCCUAGUUUAAUAAGGAUUAUUGCAGAAGCAUUUUUAAGAGAUGCAAUUGACAGAACACAUACUGUUGCCCAACGAAUGAUUAUGAUUGUUAGAGGAAUACAGGCAAACCAAGAGGUAUUUAAUGCAUCUUUAGCUGUAUUGAAUCCAGAACAGAUGAAGAUGUUACAAAGCCUUUUGAUGACUAAUAAUUGA